CAUAUAGAUGCCUAUAAUAUAGUGACAGCUGUCAUUUCAAGUUGUACAUUUGUUAAGUAAAGUUUACGGAAAACUCAAAAAUCUUGUUUACAAAUACAAUUUUAUACUUUCGGAUGCAUAAAAUACCCUGAAAUAAUGGUAAUAUACGGUAUUUACAUCGUAUCAAAAUCCGGAGGCUUAAUUUUCAACUAUGAUAACAAUACACCCAAAAUAGAAACUGAAAAGAAAUUCAACUAUCCUCUGGAUAUAAAACUGCAAGUAGAAAACAAGAAAAUAAUAGUGGAAUUUGGACAACGGGAUGGAAUACAUGUUGGACAUGUCCUGUAUGCAGUAAAUGGAGUACAAGUAACAGGACGACAAAUGGACGAUGGUCAAGAUGCUCUAGAACUCCUGGACAAGCCAGAAAAUUAUCCUGUUACCUUAAAAUUUGGCAGACCUAAAAUGACUACCAAUGAAAAGAUAUUUCUAGCUAGCAUGUUUUACCCUCUAUUUGCAAUAGCUAGCCAACUGAGUCCAGAGCCAAAAUCAUCUGGAAUAGAAAUACUGGAAUCUGACACAUUUCGAUUGAACUGUUUUCAGACAUUGACUGGAGUAAAAAUUAUGACUGUUGCAGACCCCAUGCAGCCAGGAAUGGAGAUAUUUUUGAAGAAAAUAUAUGAGAUAUAUGCUGAUUAUGCUUUAAAAAAUCCUUUUUAUUCUUUAGAGAUGCCUAUCAGGUGUGAAUUGUUUGAUAGUAAUCUUAAGAGUAUUUUAGAACAGAUAGAAAAGACAGGUACAGUCACAAAUGUCUAAUAUUAGACUAAUUAUUGUAAAGUGUUAUUAUAAUUAUAAGGAUUUUUCAUUUAUAUUUCCAUAAUUUACAACCAGAUUAAAUUUUUUUCAUAAA